CAUUAAGACGGUGAAAUCGAUGACCUGUUCUUGCUUCUGAACCACCACCAUCUCUCAUCAUGUCCAUUACCAAAAUCCACGCUCGCCAGAUCUUCGACUCUCGAGGCAACCCCACCGUUGAGGUCGACCUCUACACCGCCAAGGGCCGCUUCCGUGCUGCUGUGCCCUCUGGUGCAUCCACUGGUAUUCAUGAAGCCGUGGAACUCCGUGAUGGCAACAAGAGCAAAUAUGUCGGAAAGGGUGUUUCCAAGGCUGUUGCCAAUGUGAACGAGACCAUCGCUCCUGAGCUCAUCAAGUCUGGCCUUGUAGUCACCUCUCAGAAGGACAUUGAUGAUUUCCUCAUCAAGCUCGACGGUACCCCCAAUAAGGGCAAGCUCGGAGCAAAUGCCAUCCUUGGUGUUUCCAUUGCCGUAGCUGAGGCUGCCGCCGCGGAGAAGGGCGUUCCUCUCUACCAGCAUCUCGCCGAUCUUGCUGGCGUCAAGCCUCCAUUUGUCCUCCCCUGCCCCGCAUUCAAUGUCAUUAACGGUGGAUCCCACGCCGGAAACAAGCUCGCUUUCCAGGAGUUCAUGUUGAUGCCAACUGGCGCCACUUCGUUCACCGAGGCGAUGAAGAUCGGCACGGAGACUUACCAUACUUUGAAGAAGGUCAUCAGUGCCAAGUACGGUAUUGACGCCGUCAACGUUGGUGAUGAGGGAGGUUUCGCUCCCAACGUUUCUGGUGCCGAGGAGUCUCUUGAGUUGCUUUCGGAGGCAAUCAAGAAGGCUGGAUAUGAAGGCAAAGUCAAGAUCGCUUUGGAUGUCGCGUCUUCCGAGUUUUAUAAGGAGGGCAAGUACGAUCUCGACUUCAAAAACCCUAACUCAGAUCCUAGCAAGUGGAUCUCCGGCGUUGAGCUUGCUGAUUUGUACUUGGGAUACGUCAAGAACUACCCCAUUGUCUCGAUCGAGGACCCAUUCGACCAGGAUGACUGGGAAGCUUGGACCCACUUCACUGCUAACAGCGGUAUCCAGAUUGUCGGUGACGAUUUGACGGUGACCAACCCCUUGCGAAUCAAGACAGCCAUCGAGAAAAAGGCUUGCAACGGUCUUCUCCUUAAGGUCAACCAAAUAGGUACCAUCUCGGAGUCAAUUCAAGCUGCUCAGCUGUCGCAAUCUGAUGGAUGGGGUGUUAUGAUUUCACACCGUAGUGGUGAGACCGAGAACACUGUUAUCGCGGAUCUGGCCGUUGCCCUAGGUGUUGGCCAAAUCAAGACUGGUGCUCCUGCUCGUAGCGAACGUGUUGCCAAAUACAACGCGCUUCUUCGCAUUGAGGAGGAGGUCCUUUCGUCUGGUGCCACCUAUGCUGGUGACAAGGGUCUGUCUGCUGGCCACACGGCCCCCGCUCUGCUCAAGAAAUAAAGAGGAAGUUGUUCAAAAGAAGAAAGCUGUAACGAAUAGACAUUGCUCAUCAUGUAUUAUGAAAAAUACGACAAGUUAAAUGCUCC